CGACGAAGAGGGAAGAGAAGUGAACAAGGCGAGGAAGAUAGCUAGGAAGGUGGGUUUAAAAAACAGUACAAAAGUUCAUGUUCAUUUAAAUUCGAUUUUUGUAAUACUUUUUAUGGGCUCAACGUGUUACACACUUGAGAAGAAUUUUGAAGGAUUUGCACUGAAACAGUGAAUGAACGAAGGGGCUAUAACGCCCUAAUUUCGUUCAGCAACGUUUGGAAUUACAAUCACUUCCUACCGCUUGGAAAUCAGUAUCUGGCAAUAGCAGCCUGUUUCGAUAGGCCGAGACCCGAACCACACUCCGGACUUGCACGAAAAGACAAAGUGUGUAUGGAGCACUGUGAGAAUGCAGCGUCUCUCCUGGCCUCCGUGCGGGAGCAGGAGAUGCAGUUUGAGCGUCUGACUCGGGCUCUGGAGGAGGAGAGGAGGAGCGUGGGACCAUCGGGUACCCUCCCUCGCCCCCUCCCCACCCUGCAGAACGGGCGUGUCACUGGUGAUGCGGAGUUAGAGAGACUCAAACUGAGCGAGGGAUAUAUCAACGGGACACAGUACAGGAUGUUAGACCCAGGUCAUGUCGUUGAGCAAACGGUCACUGUAGAGGAACCUCAGGAGGCUCCCUCUGUCGUCUCUUUGGAGACCCACGACGACGGAUCCACACGCCGCACUGAGACCACAGUCAAGAAGGUCACCAAGACCACCACCACACGCACAGUCAUCCCGUCUGUGUCGGACACAAUGUCCCUGGAUGGCAGCAACUCUGUGAUUGGCAUGGGGGGCUACGGUCAGCCUGCGAUGUACCGACAGCCUCCGGGUCCAGCAGACUACCCCACCUCCACCGUCCCCCGAAACUACCACUACGGCCCACCAGCAGGCUAUGACGACUACCGUGGCGGCCCACCCUCGGACACCUAUGCCAGCCUCAACCGUGGGAUGCGUAUGGACCCCAACUACAGGCCUGAUGGCUACCGCACACUGGACCCCAGCUACCGGGCGCACAGCCGGCCUCAGCUGGACCCAUACGCAGCGCAGCCCCAGGUAGGGCGCAUGGGCAUGGGCAGUGCCCUGGACCUGCAGCGCUUUGUGCCCGAGCCCUACGGCCUGGAGGACGACCAGCGCAGCCUGGGCUACGACGACCCAGACUACGGCAUGGGCCCACCUAUGCACUACAGCACCAUGCCCCGCCUAGCCCAUGGCAUCCCCAUGCACGCCCAACCACCACGCCGAACUGGGAGUUAUGAGGGCACCCUGGACGGGGACAUGAGCGCCGCCGGGGACAUGUACUACUGGGGCGGCGCGCCCCUUGCCCAGGGUGAGCGAGGCAGCAUGGCCUCCUUGGACAGCACCCUCCGCAAGGGACCCGCCCCCACCACAUGGCGACAGCCCGAGCUGCCUGAGGUCAUCGCCAUGCUCAACUACCGCCUGGACCCGGUCAAAAGCAACGCCGCCGCCUAUCUGCAGCACCUCACCUUCAAGAACGACAAGGUGAAAACAGAGGUGCGCCGCAUGAAGGGCAUCCCUGCGCUGGUCUCCAUGCUGGACAACCCAAAGAAGGAGGUGCACCACGCCGCCUGUGGUGCACUCAAGAACAUCUCGUACGGCCGCGACCCUGACAACAAGAUUGCCAUCAAGAACUGCGACGGCAUCCCUGCGUUGGUGCGUCUGCUGCGCAAGACCCGCGAUCAAGACCUCACCGACACCAUCACAGGCACCCUGUGGAACCUGUCGUCUCACGACUCUGUGAAGAUGGAGAUUGUGGACCACGCCCUGCACGCGCUCUCAGACGAGGUGAUGGUGGCCCACUCGGGCUGGGAGAGGGGCAGCGGCGGCGGAGGGGGGGAGGAGAACUGCAAGCCCAGACACCUGGAGUGGGAGACGUCCCUCACCAACACAGCCGGCUGCCUGAGGAACGUGAGCUCAGAGCGCAGUGAGGCCAGGAGGAAGCUGCGAGAGUGCAACGGAUUGGUCGAUUCUCUCAUGUACAUCGUUCAAUCACAGAUCGACAUGAAAUCUGUCGACAACAAACUGAUAGAAAACAGUGUGUGUCUGCUGAGGAACCUGUCCUAUCAGGUGCAUAGAGAGGUGCCCAACUGUGAGCGCUACCAGGAGGCUCAGCCAGUCAACCAAGGGCCUGUUCCCACACAGAAGACCGGAUGCUUUAGCUCCCGCAAGGGCAAAGACGAGUGGUUUUCCAAAGGGAGGAAGGAUGAUGAUGGAACUUCUGACAUGAUUGAAAUUCCAAAGAGGACCAGCCCUGCUAUAGGUUAUGAGUUGCUGUACCAGCCGGAGGUGGUGCGUGUUUACACCUCGCUGCUGAAGGAGAGCAAGAACCCCUCAGUGCUGGAGGCCGCGGCUGGAGCCGUGCAGAACUUGUGUGCCGGCCGCUGGAGUUAUGGGCGGUAUAUCCGGGCAGUGAUGCGACAGGAGAAGGGUCUGCCCAUCAUGACAGAACUGUUGGCUCAUGGCAACGACCGUGUGGUGCGGGCCAUGUCUGGAUCACUCCGCAACCUGGCCAUCGAUGCCCGCAACCGUGACCUGCUUGGGAAGCACGCGGUGCCACACUUGGUUGCCAACCUGCCAGGCGGGGGCCAGAGCCAGCCGGUGCGCGGCCUGACGGAGGAGACGGUGGUGUCGGUGCUCAGCACGCUGGCCGAGGUGCUGGGCUCCAGCCUGGACGCCGCCAAGACGCUGCGCGCCUCCCAGGGUAUCGAGAGGCUAGUGCUCAUCAACAAGGACGGGAACCGCUCGGAGCGCGAGGUGCGCGGUGCAGGCAUGGUGCUGCAGAUCGUGUGGGGCUUCAAGGAGCUGCGGCGUACGCUGGAGAAGGACGGUUGGAAGAAGUCCGACUUCAUGGUGAACCUCAACCCCCCUACCACCACGCGCAGCAACGGGGGCUAUGAGGACAGCACGCUGCCCCUCAUCGAGAGGGGAGGCAAGCAAGACCGUGAGAGAGAUAUGAUUCCACUGAAUGACAUGGGACCAGACGCAUACUCUACACUGGACCAGAGAGGCAGGAGGAACACUUUGGACAACGCCCUAGACACGGACAGAGACACCGCACAGGGAGGGAUGUAUGGGGAGAGGCGUGGCUCUAUGCCUCUGCUGGACUCUUACGACGGUUAGGCCACUCCCCCUCCCCCCCAAACAGUGCAUGAUCCAGCAUGAAAAACUGAUUGUCUGCAUUACUCGAGGAGAGCGCCCCCUUCCUGCCUAUUGUCCCUGCUGAACUCUGAAGGGACAACAGCCAGUAAUGAAUCAAGACAAGACACUCGAUCUCUUUCUGUCUCUGUUUCUUUCCAUAUAUUUCAAAUGCCAAUCCCCUUUUUCAUUGAGGACCACUGUCUAAGACACAGACACUAUAAAACUUUGCUGUUUCUUUUUUUUUUUUUACCAUCUACAGAACUCCAUAUGAAUAGUUAAGGACAGACCUACUACAACACUAAGGAGGUGGAGAUCCUCUUUCACUUUCCUCUGUCCCUCUCCAUUACUCCUAACUGCUAUUGAAGUUUUCUUUAUAGCAAGCAACAAUGAAAAAUUAAGUCAUGACCACUCUAAAGCCCCCCCCCCCCCCAACCUACCUCCCUCAGUGAUGCCACACUCUGCACGGAUGGUUAACUCCACACAGGGCCCUGUGACACUACUGACUCACAACCUGUUCCACUAAGAUGACUCCUGACUGAGCUGUGACUACCAUGACCAAACUCUCUAACUUGUACCACUACAGUGACACACACACACACACACACACACACACACACACACACACACAAGGGACUCCCAAUCACAAGGGACUCCUUCCUCAUGUGAAACUAAAAGUUCCUUUUAUCUUACAAUCCUCCUUCUCUUCUUUUUAAUUGUCAUUUCUGUUUUUUUUGUUGUUUUUUUCCCCCGGUGGUUGGGAGUGUCAUUAGAAACCUACUACAGUGUGUAUCGAUUAGUUGUAUAGUGUUAAUUUUGCAUUGCUAAUUUAGUCCUGGUUUAUCUGGCUUUCCGAGUCACACCAAUGACUGGCUUUGUGCCAAAGGCUAUCUACAUUUGCUGGCGCUGGGUUGAAAAAUGUACAUAGAACACUCGCAAAACUGAAUUCAUGGUUCCGCACUACAUUUAAUAUAUAUAUAAAUAUAUAUAUUGGGAGAGAAGCAAGGGCCAAGUUGUAAUUUUAGCCUUUGCCCCCCCCCCAUUCAGUCCAGAUGACCACUGCAACCCAUUCCUGCCUUGCAACUGGUUAGCUGUGUUGGUAGCUGUUGUCAUGGAAACGCCUGAGGAGCUCUGCCCAACAUUCCAUUGUCUCUGAGGAGACCAUGUCAGAAGGGCAUCAAUGAGAGAGAUAGAAGGAAGGCACUGGGAGAAAAGCGCCAACGCAAUGGAUUACAGCCGUUGGCUGCUUUGAUGAUGCGGGACUUAAGUCUCAGUUUUUCUUAAGCAGUUCUGUCUUAUGCAAGGGCAAACAGCAGAUUUGAUUGUUGACCCAGUAUGCUUUCUUUUCCAAAGUCUGAAUAUACAUGAAUGUGUAAAUAUGUGACCGCAUCCAACAAUCCGCUGUAAUGUCUGAGUGCCUCACUCACGGAUGGUUGUUUUUUUCUGUUUGUUUGUUUGUUUGUUUGUUUGUUUGUUUGUUUGUGUGUGUGAGUGUGCGAAAGGGUUUUCUGAAGGGCACGACAGGGGUGCUUUACAACUGCUCCUAAUGUGUGGUUUUGCUUGCAUUCUGUCUUCAGUAGCCAUUUUUGUUUUGGAGUGGCUGGUGGUUUUCAGAUGAGAGGGGUGUAACCCUGCUUAUUUCUUGAGUUCCUAGAAGUACAGUGCUUGUUCCUUAGACUGCAUAAUCCAAAUGCACAGUAACAAAAAGUCUGAUGUAGAUAAUUACUGAAUGGAUAGCACUAGGAGUUGGGGAAUAUUUUACUGUGUUGUUUUUACCCUUUUUUUUUUAUUGAUUUUCUUUUUUUUCUUUUUCUUUUUUUGGUUUGUUUUGUUUAUUUGUUUUUAAAGGAAAUGCCAUGUUUUCAGUCAUGUUUGUAUUUAACACUAGUCAUUUGACCCACAUAGAGCAAGCAAGCUGUGUAAUGAUGGCCAUUCUUAUGUAUUACUGAAAGUGAUGUGGAGACUAUUCCACUGGCAGAGUGACGCUGGGUGUGGAGAGGGAAGUAGAGUUUAAAGAAUCUGUUGAAUUAAUAUGGAAAAUGCAAUAACACUCAGUCAGAUGGCGGCAAGGGCAAGAUUUUCGAUUCUAGCUUGGUAUUUAGAUUAAAAAUAAAAGCACAUUUAACUAUAUAUACAAGAGAAUAUUUGUUAAGUUUAAUUAUUUUCCUCUUGGUUUUAUGUCCUUUUCCUUUUUAUAUUAUGAUUUUGGGGAUAUUUUUUCUGAGGGUGCUGUGGGUGAAUGCAUAUGCAAUCAGUUUUAUUUUUUAAUUAAAUGCAUUUAUGGUUUAUAUCUUUUAAUUAAAGACAAAACAAGAAAAAAGUCAUGUCACCUUUCGUCAGUCCUUAUUGCUCUGAUUCUGCAACACUAAUCUGAACAUGAUUCCAGAGGAAAGACGUAAUCUCUGUUUGCCUUGGCUCUUAAAAGUUGCACCUUUCUUUCAUGGAUGGAAUAUGUAACUAGCAAUACUGUUUUUAAUAAAAAGUGAUUUUUUUCAACA